GCGUCGUUCGCAGGUACACCUAAAACGGAAAGAAAUGCUUCGCAUUCCCAAAGUAACAAAAAUACUGGAGACCACGUGUCGUUCCGUCGCGUCUCUACCAAGCGUUUCCCUAUCCGCACACCUACGCAGACACCGAGCUGCAGAAACACAAAUGCUGCAUGGUGUGGAGGAAUGGUAAGACCCAACGCUGCAACAGCGUGGUAGUCUCCUAAAGUGUUCGGAUUCGGAACAAAGAGAAGUUUUCUAUGAAGAAACGAAUAAAAACACGAAGUUGGCCUUGUUCGUUCCAUUCUCCGGGAACCGGCGCCGGACAAAGCUGUUCUGGGGUGUCUGUACACCUCCGGUCCCCAGUUGAAACCGUUUGCAGUUUCAACGAGUCGCUGAAACGCUCACACCCUCUAACAGCGCCUCCCCUUCGCAAUUUCGGCAGGCGCUGGACGGAAGGAUCUUUCCAGGUCGAAUUCCCCAGGUUUUCUACCGUGUACGACUUACUGCUCACAUCGCCGUGUCGCGAGGAGGCGACAGCGGAGCAGCUUUAUGAAGAGGAAGCCGCGACAGAAAGGAGAUCAGCGACAGGACAAAAGGUGGCGUAGAAAAAGAGGAGACAACGGAGGGGCUGGAGGCGAGGUAGCGAGAUAUACAAAAGGAAAAUGGUGAAGUCGAAACAGCGAGGAAGAGAGCGAGAGUGAAACUGCGCCAGAAAAAGCAGACAGACGGAUUCAAGCGUAAGUUGUCGGUGUCUCGCCGCGGCUUCGCGCUGUGUCGCAGGGUGUAUGUGUCUCUUCGUUUUCGCGAUCCCGCGUCCCCUACUUGUUCGCUCUCCACUCUCUUCUUUCUUCUCCUUGUUUGCUUCCUUCCUCGAUGUCUCCGGUUCUGUUGUGGCUCUUCUCCUGUUCGCUUCUCGUUGUCCCGGUGUUUAUGGCCUUCUCUCUGACGAACUUCGCGGCGUUCGCUGGCUUGCAUGCGGCGCAAAAAGGUCCCGGUGAAGACUGGAGAGACACUCGACGGCGUCCAGAAUUUUUCGCUCUUCACUUCUUGUGUUCUUCCCUCUUAUUUCCCGUUUUUCAGGUCUGUCCUCCCCUCCUCUUUGUCUGUCGUCUUUCGCCGAUUUUCGGCGGCGUUCUCCUUUUACCGCCGUCCCCGGUUCUUCUUUUCUCCGGCGCUCUGCUUCGCCCUCGAUCCUCUGUCGCACUUCACUUUCGUUCCACGUUUCUUCCGUUGCUGUCCAGAUGAGACAGGCCUUGGGAGAAGCAACAACCCAUCGAGAUGGCGCGUCCUCUCCAGUUCUCGAGGUUUACAUGCAUCAUCUGUAGGUCUCCUCGUAUGCCUCUUACCUAACUGUUUUGCUGCGUGUUGUCUUCCGUUUCAGUGACUUCUGUGUGCCGCAACUUCUUUGUGAGGACUGCCAGAGAGUUUCUUCAAGAGGCUCGGCUCUCGAUGGAUGACGUCCAAGGCUCAUGCAGGGCCUCUGCAGAAGCGGCAAGUCUCCUUCUCGUCAUUUUCUUCCCUGCUAGCCGCUCUCCGCCCUCCGUUGGUUAGCUUUUUUGCCAGCUCACAUUCACAACAGGCUGGGUUGUAGCGUCCUCUGCAUGGGCCGUUUCGAACUGAAUUUUUUCUCCGUACCAGCGUUCCAGGUGUCUGGGAGAUGCGGCGAGAGAGGACUGCUGGUCUGUCUCUGUCUGUUUCUGUCCCCGUCCUCUUCCUCUGGCGCUUCGCAGCUCACCGCGAUCCGUCCUAUCGCUCCUCCUUUCCUGGUCGCUUCCCUCCUUCUUCUUCUCGUUCUCCUCCCCUGCUCCCCUUUCUCCUCGACUUCUGUCGUCUGGUUUCAUCUCCUACUUGCGCUCUUCUUCUCUUUGCCUCAGUAAGUUGGCAGCAUGGUGGGGGCGAUGGCCCAUCCGUCUCGGGAGAGCUCGUCGGACGCGAGUUCCGCGUCUGCAGGUCGGUCUGAGGAGUCGGCUCUCGCGCAGACUCGAGACGCUCACCUUUCUUCUCCUCUAUGCGCAGUGAACCGCGAAGGCGCUGCUUCCUUUGCUCGCGCCCUCCCCCGCUCUCAUGCAGCUCUCGGCGCCGGCCACGACAGAGGCGGCGGCCAUCGCGGCGGCGCCAGCUACGUGGAAAACAUUGGCCUGUACGACUACAUCUUCUCUUUGCCUGCGGCGAUUCGGCAUUACCUCUUCUCCUUCACGCCGGGGUGCGUGGCAUGUUUCGCGUCGCUGUGCGAGCUGGACAGACUGAUCGUCUUGCGUCUCCUCUUUAUUCAGCAGCAUGUGAGCGAGAGAGCGAUGCGGCUUUGGGUCGCGCCCGGCAGCGCCGCCGACCUCCGCCGUUCUCUUCAGCGCCUCGUCUCUCCUUGUCGCAUGCUGGUCACUUCCGUCCAGGACUCGCCGUCCAGACACGGCGCUGCCGAUAAAGCACGCGCUUCCUCAGGGCACCCCGCCGACGCCCGCGCUGCCUCGCCACCUCACCAACCGUCUUCUUCGGGACGCCAGGGGAGCCACCAGGCUCAGCACUUGACGACGCAGUACUCGCUCGCGGCGCCUCUGAAGCAGACGCUUCUGCAGUACGUUUUGGGCGGGCCUUCGCGCCCGGCGGCGCCGUUCCUCAGAGUCCCUGCAGAGGGGAGCUUCCAGUUCCCGACGAAGAGCCAGCUGGUCAACCACAGCAGAAAGCAGUGGGACGCCCUGCUGCGGUUUAUAGUCGAGGGCGAGCGCGGCUCGUUCGCAUGCAGCGAGGAGCGAGGCGGCGCCGCGAGGGAAGCCGAGGCCGAAGAGACUCGCACAAAGGGCGACGACCGAGGACACACGGCAGACGGGCAGCAUCUGGGAACUGGAAAAAAACGAAGGAAAUCAGACAAGCUCUCUACCCCAGGGCCUUGCGAAGAUCUCGUCAAGGUUUUGAGUCGCCGGCGGCUUUUGUGUCGUCGAACUAAGUCGCGUCGUUCCCUGUUGGCAUUGCCCACUGUGGCUCCUGCGCCUUCGGUCUCUCAGGCUGCCUACGGAGGCCCGCCGUCGCCGACGGCGCCGACCUCGGCGGCUGCGAUGUCCCGCGAAGCCUUUUCGUGGAUUUUGAAAGAUCUGAAGUCGCAGGUCAACUCUCUGGUCGUCGAGUUUCUUUUUCUUCUCGACGGCGGAGUCCUCACAAACGCCGCCCACGAUGCAGGCGGCCGCAGCAGUGGCCCAAACUCUGCGCCUGCCUCUGGAGGCUCAGACAGAGAGAAAAGCAGCAGCUGCGGGAAGCGACAGGCUGUGGGCCAGGCUGGCGCUCCGCACAGGGCGGGGGAGCUCUCGAAAGAAGACAACAGAGAGGGCGGAUCAGCAAAUCGAAUUGAAGCCGCCACUAACGAUAUGAAAGAAGUUCUUCUGUUGAUUCUUGCGCUGGGUCAGUCGUCUGUGGGCCAGCCGAUCUCUGUGCGGCAUUUGUCGUCUGCUCAACGGCGCUUUAUCACUUUCGCCAUAAACAUUGGCCUCGUCUGGGCGCCUCCCACUUCCGCUGCGUUUGUUUUGGCGGCGCCGUACGCCCUUCUUCUUCGUCCAGACAAAGGCGGAUACAGCUUCUCCGGUACGGGCGCAGCAGGCGGAGGGCCUGGAGCCCAAGGGACACCAGGCUUCGCGACCCCCUCACAGCCGGGCGCUUCGCGAGGCCCGCCAGGUCCAGCUGGUUCGCAGGGGCAGGGCAUGCACUGCCCGGCGGGCCUUAGCGGCGGGAAACUUCAGGAGGGCGGCGGGGAGGCAGAAUCGCUUUCUGUUCUGGAUGUCACCUUUUUCCCUCUCGUUCGCGACGACGACGUAUGCGACCCCGCACGGCUUAAUCAUUCGUCAAGGUCACCCGACUCUUCAUCGCUUCUGCUUAGCUUUUCGACGUCAUCUGUCUCUUCGUCUCCGCUCUCCAUGAUGGGCAUGGAGGCAGGCAUGCUUGUGCAGAGCAACUUCAAGGUGUACGUGUACACCGCAUCGGCGUUGCAGUUGUCCGUUCUGUCUCAUCUCUGUGAGCUUCAAGCCCGCAUGCCGAAUCUCAUUGUGGGCAUUCUCACUCGAGCGUCCGUGCUCGCUGCGUACAAGAGCGGGAUAACAGCGGACCAGAUCAUUCGAUUUCUUGAGGCCCACGCCCACCCUGUUGUGUUGGAGAGGAAACUGCGCACGAACGCUCCACUGCUGCCGGAAAACGUGACGAUACAGCUGCGGAUGUGGGAGGCCGAACGCAUGCGCCUCUCGCUGUAUCCUGCGGUGCUUCUGAAAAAAUGGGACGCUCAAUUCAUGCCUGAACUCUUUCAGAGAAGUGUCCGGUGGGCCGUAGGCAAAAAUUUUGCCAUCUAUUUCACUCCCUGGCCGGAAGACCCAAACAGUGAGGAAUUCCGGGAGUGGAUGCAGAAGGAAAAGUACCUUGCCAUCCACGCCGACUACAAACCCGAGAUGGUGGAAAAAAUACGCGACGUUAGAGACUCCAUCAUCAAGCAGCAGGCUGGAAAAGCGUGAAGACGCAUCCAGGAAGAAACCGGUAACGAAAGACGAAAACAGCAUGCAGGGGGGACGGUGGGAAAGACGAUCGGGAGACGUGCAGCAAAUGACCGCAGAGGUGAACGCCCGAAGGCUGGUGUUUAUUGUGAUGGUUUCGGAACCUUUAUACGAAAUAACUCGCUUUGUGAAGAGUCUGCGGCCGC